CGUCGAUAGUGUUUCCCCGGGUGCAACUACUGUCACUUAUUCCCACCCCUCCACGACAGAAGUCAGUUAAUGCAGAAUGGUUCCCGGUGUUCUUGUGAGCCUGGCGUUUUACUUCUCAACAUGGGUUUCCAUUUGCCGGGCAUCAUGUCAACAAGAGGGACACUUGCUAUACAACGAGCGAAUUAUUAGAUCAUCUUUCCAUAUUCUUUCUACACCUGGCAUAAACUCGUGUGUAGCGAACUGCCAAAUGCAUGGGAUAUGUAGAUCGUUCAGCUACCACAUCCUCAGCCAUGCCUGCUACCUUAACUAUGUGGACACCAACUCAUCAAGUACCACAAUGAGCAGUGAAGAUGGCUAUGUAUCUAGUGACAUCAGCACCUGGAGUAAGAGCUUGGCUGGACCCUGCAGUGCAGUGACGUGCGGUGUACAGGACAGAUGUACUGUGGACAGAACAGGCGUCGCUGCAUGCUCUCCGGUGUCUAUUAAUGGCGAUCAUCCCUACAUUCUUGUUCUUAAUGAGUCCGUGUGGGACACGGCAAGGGUGAACUGUAUAUCUUCAUUUGGAGGACAUCUGGCAAUUGUGGACUCCAUUGAGAAGAUCAACUUCCUGACAGCAUUGAUUAAUGCUACAGGAGACUUCUUCCUCGCCAAGUUCUACAUCGGUGCCUCGGAUAUACAGGAGGAAGGCAGCUGGAGAUGGAUGGAUGGGAGUCCCCUUAACUUCACGUACUGGCGACCCGGACAACCAUUCGGAAGGCCCGGUCAGGACUGCCUUAUGUGGAAAUUUGGCGAAGGAUGGAAAGACCGCCCAUGCACAGAUAACAUCUACUCUAUCUGUGAAAAGUCGUCUUAAACAUCAUACAUCUGAAUUGCAAUUUGGUUUGUGCACAGUUAUUGAUAUAGUGAGUAUAUAUUUAACGUCACAUCGGCAAUAUUUCAGCGGACGAGACGUUAUCCAUUAAUAAUACACACCUUUAGACAAAUAAUACAUAUAUCUAGAUUAAAUAAAAUCCUGCCAUCGAUGGACGGAACACGACUUAAAACUAGUUGAGAACAUUUAAAAUAAUGCAUUAUCAGUAAACACAAUAUAAAAACGGGCUCUCGUCUUAAACACAUUAAAUGUGAAUUGCCAUUACGUUUGUGCACAAUUAUUUAUAUAUGGGGUUACGUUAAUUCUGAACAAUGUAUGAAUGCUUUUGGACCUGUUUUUCCAUGCAAUUGUAUAUUUAAGUCUUUGCCUUUACAAGCAGAACUAUUGCCUGUGUGAGCGUUGUUGUUCAUUCCUUGUUCCAAGGUUAUUCUUUUGCGUUCGCAUUGCAGCCAGUUCAGAUCUGGGUUUGGAUCUGGUGAGAUAGGUGGUAAAAAAAUAUGGAGGACAACAAUGAAAUGACAAUCUAUGAGUAU